CGUAUGCAAUACAUUGAGUUUCAACCAAUUUAACAGGGCCUUGGUCUUGGUAUUGAAACUGUUUGAAUAUCUAUGUAGGCUUCAUAUUGCUUUACAAAUAUAUCGCAAACAUGCCGUCUCGUGCGGUAUCGCCGGCACGAUCCGAAAACGAAGUCGACAUCUUAGGCUCGCUGUUCACUGAUAGCGUUGGUAGGCCAGAUGGGAAAAACAAGAAGAAUGUAGCGCAAGAUGACCUUGGGUUCGAUUUUCUAGAGGGUAGCGAUGACGACGAUGGGGGCGAUGAGGCUUUCAUUGCCCUCAAACAGGCCGCUUCGUUUCGGAAAACUACCAAUCUAAAAGGGAAAUCCGUGAAGAAAGGUGGCGGCUUUCAAGCUAUGGGACUCAAUGCGAAUCUAUUAAGAGCGAUCACGAGAAAGGGGUUCUCAGUCCCUACCCCCAUCCAGCGCAAAGCUAUACCAUUAAUCAUGGAGAGGAGAGAUGUUGUUGGUAUGGCGAGAACAGGUUCCGGAAAGACCGCUGCAUUCGUCAUCCCUAUGAUAGAACGCCUGAGAGCUCAUAGCGCAACAAUUGGAUCAAGAGCACUGAUUCUUUCUCCAUCUCGAGAACUUGCCAUCCAGACUCUAAAGGUUGUAAAGGAAUUCGGCCGCGGAACAGAUUUAAAAUGCGUGCUACUCGUUGGAGGUGACAGUUUGGAGGAGCAAUUUAGCUCUAUGACUUCGAAUCCCGACAUUGUCAUUGCUACGCCCGGUCGAUUCCUGCAUCUCAAAGUUGAGAUGUCUCUCGAUCUAUCUUCCAUCCAAUAUGUCGUAUUCGACGAGGCUGACAGACUUUUCGAGAUGGGUUUUGCCGCGCAACUUACUGAGAUCUUGCACGCCCUACCUUUAUCAAGACAGAGUCUGCUCUUCUCGGCAACUUUACCCGCUUCAUUAGUCGAGUUUGCCCGCGCAGGUCUACAAGAUCCUAGUCUUGUCCGACUAGAUGCUGAGACGAAGAUCUCCCCGGACUUACAAUCGGCUUUCUUCAGUGUAAAGAGUGCUGAGAAAGAAGGUGCCCUUUUACAUAUCCUACAUGACGUUAUUAAGAUGCCUAUGGGUUUGCCAGAAGGGGUUCAGCCAGAGUCGGACAAUAUUUCGAAAAAGAGAAAGCGGGGAUCAGAUGCGCCCAGAGGAAGGGAAAAGCCGACGGAACACUCCACGAUCAUUUUCACUGCUACAAAACAUCACGUCGAAUAUAUACAAUCUCUGCUCAACGAAGCGGGAUUCGCAGUCUCCUAUGUCUACGGUUCUUUAGACCAGACGGCCAGAAAAGACCAAGUCGAAAACUUCAGGCGCGGCCGUUCCAACAUUCUAGUUGUGACAGAUGUCGCCGCGCGAGGUAUCGAUAUCCCCAUUCUUGCCAACGUCAUCAACUACGACUUUCCCCCGCAACCGAAAAUCUUUGUGCAUCGAGUCGGACGUACGGCAAGAGCUGGACAGAGAGGUUGGAGUUACAGUCUAGUCAGAGACACAGAUGCGCCAUAUUUGUUGGAUCUUCAGUUAUUCCUAGGCAAGAAGCUCGUCCUUGGCAAAGAAGGCAAGGACUCCAGCAACUUUGCAGAGGAUAUAGCCGUUGGUGCGCCGAUACGGAGUAAAGUAGAGUCCAACGUAGAAUGGCUCAACAAGGUCUUAGGCGAGAGCGAGGAUAUUAGUGCCCUCCGCCGAGUAGCGGGGAAGGCCGAGAAGCUGUACCUGAGAACACGCAACUCCGCCUCCAGCCAGAGCGCCCGAAGAGCAAGGGAAAUCGUCGCAUCGAAAAAUUGGAUGCAAUUACACGCCAUCUUCGGCGACCAGCUCGGAGAAGCUGAGGAUGCCCGAGCCGAGAUGCUAGCCAAGAUCAGUGGCUUCAAGCCACAGGAAACAAUCUUCGAAAUCGGAAGGUCCGCCAAGGCGGGCCGCAACGACGCCGCCGAUGUCAUGAAGUCGCUUCGCGAGCGCUUUGGCCCUCGAAGAACCGGUAAGGAAGUUGAAGAAGCGGAAGAAUCAGACGAGGCUAUGGAAGUAGACGGCCCAGAAGCCUUCGAUGACGAAGAUGAAGCCGCAGCAGUAGACGAGCAAGAAGACAGCCCAGCCGCGGCUGAAGACUCCGACUCCGACCUCGAAGUCACCAUAUCCAACCACACAUCCAGCACACGCCCCAAAGACGCCACCUCAUCCUACCAAGACACCGAAGUCUUCAUGUCAUACACCCCGCGCACAGUCAACGCCGCCGAAGAGCGCGGAUACGGCGUCCACUCCGGGUCCAACACACUCCCACAACACACCUCGCGCGCACAAGCCUCAUCGAGUUUCGUCGAAGCAGCCCGCGAUUUAACCAUGGACUUAACCAACGACGAAACAGCCAAGAACUUCGGCGUCCCGACGCGCGCGCGCAUGCGCUGGGACAAGAAACAAGCGAAAUACGUAUCCCGCGACAACGACGACGACGGCUCCCGCGCACAGGCCGGAACGGGCACGGGCAAACGCUUGAUCCGCGGAGAAAGCGGAGUCAAGAUCGCAGCGAGUUUCCAAAGCGGGCGAUUUGACAAAUGGAGACGCGCGCAGCGCAUGGGUAAACUGCCGCGCGUAGGCGAGUUUGAGAAGAGGCAGUUUGGGGGGAAUAACAACGGUGGGCCAGGCGAUGCAGGGAAUGGGGGUAGGUUCAGACAUAAGCAAGAAAAGGCGCCGAAGGAAGCGGAUAAAUUCCGCGACGACUACCACGUGCGGAAGAAGCGGGUGGCGGAGGCCAAGGAGAAGCGGGUUGGACGGUUUAAGGAUGGUGCGGGGAGUAGGAAGGAGAUUAAGAACGUGGAUGAUAUCCGCAAGGCGAGGGUUCUUAAGGAGAAAAAGAAGGCGAAGAAUGCUAGGCCGUCGAGGAAGUGAAGGUGGUGGUGGUGAUGAUGGGAGGAAGGAGAUAUGUAACUACUACGUCAAGAUCACUACGAUGAGG